CGCCUCUAUUCUCGGUUUCCGCCGCUCGACUUCCGGCUGAGGGUAGCCCAGGCGGACGCGCUUCGAGGGACUGCGCCGUGGGCUGGAGAGUCGUGGCCUGUUUUAGCCUGUGGGUGCGUCAGAUUAACAACCCGAACAGCUGCAAGGAGGUGUGGACCAGUGCAGGUAGUUUGUUGAGCACCUGCUAUGCACCAGGCUGUGCUGAUACAGCAGUGAGUCAGCCCUGCCCUCAGGCUGUGAGCCCAGCAGGGGAGACAGAUGCCCCCUGUGAUGACCGGAGUCCAUCCUUGCUGAGGUUACAGUGGGGAGCGGGGGACAGAAGGAUCCCGCCCUUACAUUUGAAGCUGCAGCAGUUCAGAGGAUUCCCAUUACCCUUCAAACACAUUUCCCAGGUGUUAACGCGAGCGUGAGUUUUGAAGCUCAGGGACCUGCAUCUCCAUUCUCUCAAAACGAUUCGAGUGGCGGUGCCGGCGGUGGAUGAAGGUCCGUGAGGCUGACGUGCAGAAUGGCCGGGAAGAGGCCGUCGGGCCUGGGCAAGCAGCGCCGGCUCCUGGGGCUGCUGGUGGUGGUAGCCGCCGUCCACCUGGUCGCCUGCCCCUACACCAAAGUGGAGGAGAGCUUCAACCUGCAGGCCGUGCACGACCUGCUCUACCACCGGCUGGAUGUGGAGAAGUUUGACCAUCUCGAGUUCCCUGGCGUGGUCCCCAGGACGUUCCUCGGGCCGCUGGUGAUCGCGGCGCUCUCCAGCCCCGCCGUUUAUGUGCUUUCGCUCUUGGAAGCGUCCAAGUUCUAUUCUCAGCUAGUAGUCAGGGCCGUCCUUGGACUCAGCGUGAUCUUUGGACUCUGGACUUUACAAAAAGAAGUGAGGCGGCAGUUUGGGGCCACGGUGGCCACUCUGUUCUGCUGCGUGACGGCCUCGCAGUUCCACCUGAUGUUCUACUGCACGCGGACGCUCCCCAACGUGCUGGCCCUGCCUGUGGUCUUGGCAGCCCUCGCGGCCUGGCUGCGGCGGAGGUGGGCGCGCUUCAUCCGGCUCUCGGCCUUCGCCGUCCUGGUCUUCAGAGCCGAGCUGAGCCUGCUCCUGGGCCUGGCGCUGCUGCCGCCGCUCUGCCUGCGGAAGGUCUCGGCGGCCAGGGCCCUGCGCUGCGCCGCGCCGGCCGGGAUCCUCUGCUUAGGACUGACGGUGGCCGUGGACUCCUAUUUUUGGCGCUACCUCGUGUGGCCAGAAGGAAAGGUGCUCUGGUACAACACCGUCCUGAACAAAAGUUCCAACUGGGGCACCUCGCCGCUGCUCUGGUACUUCUACUCGGCCCUGCCUCGCGGCCUGGGCUGCAGCCUGCUCUUUGUGCCUCUGGGCGCCGCGGACAGAAGGGCCCUGGCGCUGCUCCUGCCGGCGCUGGGCUUCGUGGCUCUGUACUCGCUUCUCCCGCACAAGGAGCUGCGCUUCAUCAUCUACGCCUUCCCCCUGCUCAACGUCGUGGCCGCCAGGGGCUGUGCCCGUGUGCUGAAUAAUUAUAAGAAGUCCUGGCUGUAUAAAGUGGGGUCCCUCCUCGUGAUAGGACACCUCGUGGUGAACGCCGCAUACUCGGCCACAGGCUCGUACGUGUCCCACUUCAACUACCCUGGCGGCGUGGCGAUGCAGAGGCUGCACGAGCUGGUGCCCCCCCGCACAGAUGUCGUGGUGCACAUCGACGUGGCCGCUGCCCAGACAGGUGCGUCCCGGUUUUUGGAAGUCAACAGCGCCUGGAGGUACGAGAAGAGGGAGGACGUGCGGCCCGGCUCCGAGCGCAUGCUGGCCUACACGCACCUCCUGGUGGAGGCUGUCCCCGGGCAGCUGGCCCCCUACCGGGACACGCACCGGGUGCUGGCCAGCGUCCCCGGCACCGCCGGCCUGAGCCUGAACCUCACCAGGCUGCCCCCCUUUGACGUGAACCUGCAGACCAAGCUGGUGCUUCUGGAGAGGCUUCUCGGGCCUUCCUGAGGAGGAGCCAGAGGCCCUCCGGGAACGUCGGCGUUCCGACCGACAGGACGAGACGGGAAACGCGCAGAGGACCAGGGGUGCGCCCUCACGGGGGCGCGUCCGCAGCCGGGACAGCCACGUCCACGCCGCCCACCGCUUGUGAGGACGAGGGGCCCGGCACCCCUGCCGGGGUGACGGUGGGUGGGAUGCUGUUUGCCGUCCAGACCGAGUGCUGUCCACGGCAGCAGGACGUGGGUCUUGCCCGCGGAGCUGCUUUUGGGCAGCAGGCUGUGGCCUCUCGGCCCCUGAAAGGGCGUCCCCCUGGGGCAGCGUAGCCGCAGAAACUCGGCACGUGCUGGACUCGUCCCCACCAGCACCCGGCCCUCGGGGCGGGGCCUUCUUUGUGGUCACAGGCGGCCGUUUCCAUUUCAGAUGAGGCUUUAGGAGAUAAACGCAUUCAAAAAGA